AUGAAUCGGAGCUUCAAGACAACAUUAAAAGCCCGCCCUACAGCACCCAGCAGGCCCAGACCAUACCAGGGUGUUCGAGUCAAAGAUCCAGUCAAAGAGCUGCUGAGAAGGAAGAGAAGGUUAUUCGAUGAGGCGAGCUGCUCCGGCGACUCGCUGGCUGCAGUAUGCGAAGGAGACGGGAAGAGUUCACAAUGGACAGUGUCCCUUCCUGCCACCAGCACUACGUUGCAGCCUGCAGUACAAGCCUGGUCUCCAUCUGAUUGCCAGCAGGACGCAUCCACUCAGCAUCUUUCCUACACAACCACCUCCACAGUGACAGCUGAUGUCUACAUGCAAACUCUGUGCCCCGGUUGCACCAUGCUGACGUACACGCAUACGCCACUGCUCACUAACUUUGGGACCAUACCUGUGGCCCCAGCAACAUGUUCCCUUCCUCACAUGGAGCUCCCAGAAUCAGGGUUCGCUUAUAUCCCCUGGUCCCAACCCUUCACUACUCUCUCAACUAUGCCGAGCUCAGGAGUCCAGUUUGGCCCAGGAUCUGCAACUCUAUCAGGGUCUUCUCUGGUCCAUAUGCCUUUGUCCACCAUGUUCCCUCAGCAAGACACACAAGGUAUAAAUUCUCAGCCCCAGAGCCUGGAGCCCCUGCAAUAUUCACACCAAAUCAACCCUGAACCACGCAAUAAGGCAUCGGAUGAAGAUGGAGGUGCAGAAUUGGAAGCGUCAAACCUACUCGAUAAAAUUCUGGAGAGUCAGAGAAAAGAUGAUGAAUUGGGAGGCAAGGAGCAGUUGUACAGUACCUCACUCUUUUUACCAAAUGCUUUGUGAUGGAACUUAGUCAAGGCCACAUGAUUACCCAAAAACCUUACAUCAUUCUUCAUCAUUCACAAAGUAGAAACCUGCAACACACAGAAAAACUAUAAAAAAUACGGUCAUUUUUAUUGGAGGAUGUGAUGUUUUAUUUUUGCUGGAUGCAUGUGUAGCAGAAUCAGAAAUGGGAAGAACCCAUCAUAAUACAUACUCAUCUGUGUAUGAUUGUACUUAUU